CAACUGACACCUUCUGGACCGCCCUUCACUCCCGCCGACGGCAACUCGUUUCGUCUGGCGUAUUUGAGGUCCGUCGUUCCCUGGUCCUGGUUCCAUCUUACUUCCCCAAAUCUCCGAACCCCCGAUUUCUUUCCCCAGAUUUCUGACUGCCCCAGCUGUUUGCGCGUGUCUCAUCUCAGCGCAUGGCAGUCCAUCAGAGGCACCGCGUAUAACUAUCCAUCCAUCGAGGGGCGACUUGUGGAAGGGGAGAGCGCGACAAGAUGAUUUCCAUCCCCAGCGGAGGGGACGAGAAGACGGGUCGCGUCGCAGAGCACAAUGGAUCUGAUGUAGGGUCAGGGCACAGCGAGACCACGCCCGAGGUGCUUCUGGAUCCCGCAGCCGAGAAGAGGUUGCGCAGAAAGAUCGAUUUGUGCAUUGUGCCCACCGUGGCCUUGCUUUACCUCUUUUGCUUCAUCGAUCGCGCGAAUAUCGGCAAUGCACGUCUGGCUGGUUUGGAGAAGGACCUCGGUCUGACGGGCUACGACUACAACUUCGUCCUCACCACCUUCUACAUCAGCUACAUUGUGUUCGAAAUUCCCUCCAAUCUCGCCUGCAAGUACUUUGGCCCAGGAUGGUUCAUCCCAUCCAUCUCGCUCGGCUUUGGCGCUGCCUCUGUGGCAUGCGCUUUCACACACGAUAGGGCGCAGAUCGCAGGUGUGCGUUUCGUACUCGGCCUGUUCGAAGCUGGCAUGCUUCCCGGAAUCGCGUACUACCUCUCUCGAUGGUAUCGCCGCACCGAGCUCGCCUUUCGUCUGGCGCUGUACAUUGUCAUGGCUCCGCUCGCCGGAGCGUUCGGUGGUCUCCUCGCGUCAGCCAUUCUCACACUCGACAGCUUUGGCACUCUCCGUAGCUGGCGCAUGAUCUUCGCCAUCGAAGGUGUCAUCACCAUCGGCAUCUCUCUCAUCGCGUUCAUCACCCUCACCGACCGCCCUGCCACUGCUCGAUGGCUCACUCCCGAGGAAAAGGCCCUCGCCGAGGCACGUAUUCGCUCCGAACGCGUCGGCAGCACGGAAGUCCUCGACAAGAUCGACACCAAGAAGAUUCUCCUUGGAAUCUUCAACCCCGUCGUCCUGGCCACAUCCCUCAUCUUCCUCCUCGACAACAUCACCGUCCAAGGCCUCGCCUUCUUCGCCCCUACCAUCGUCCGAACCAUCUACCCCGGCAAGACCGUCGUGCAGCAGCAACUCCGCACCGUACCUCCAUACAUCGUCGGUGCAGUCGCCACUCUCGUCAUCCCCUACUUCAGCGGCAAAACCGACCGCCGCGUCGUCUACUUCAUCGGCUCCGCCCCCCUCAUGAUGAUCGGCUACAUAAUGUUCCUCGCCUCCACCGACGGCGAAGUCCGCUACGGCGCAAUCUUCAUCAUCGCCAUCGGCGCCUUCUCCUUCGGCUCUCUCUGCAACGCUCAAGUCUCCGCCAACGUCGUCACCGAUACCGCACGCUCUUCCGCCAUCGGCACAAACGUCAUGUUGGGUAAUGUCGGAGGUCUGAUUUCUACGUGGGCGUUUUUGCCGUUUGAUGGACCUAAUUACCCGAUUGGUAACGGAUUGAAUUUGGCGACGAGCAGUACGAUUUUGAUUUUGAGUAUUGCGUUGUGGUUUUGGAUUCGAUGGGAUAAUGGGAAGAGGGCGAGGGAGCAUCAGGUUCCGGAGCAGGAGUUGGAGGGGAUGGGGAGGAGGGAGAUUGAGGAUUUGGAUUGGAAGCAUCCGAGGUUUAGGUGGAGGGAGUAGAGUCCACUGCUUGUUUCUCCGCGUGUGAGCAGCCUUGAAAGGCGACGGGGGUGGAUACUUGGUUGGAAGAAGACAUGGUUCUAAUGCAGAGAGUUCCUUUUUGAGACUUACAUGUGUCGUAGGUUCACGUGCCUGGCUGCUACUUCCUCCGUCUUCUCUCGUGGUUUCCCACGUAAAUGAACCACCCCUCUGAUCGCCAAUGAAUGGAAGAGACUAUGUUAUCCAAACCUCGAACCCGCCGCCGGUGUGCAUCAAAAGCAAUCACAUUAUGUGGAGCAGAUGAAAUCCACACUUCCGG